AUGGGUUCUGGACGCUUUCCAGAGGAAACUCUUCAGCGAAAUCUCUUCAAGGACUACAUACGUACAGCCCGGCCGUUCACCAACGACUCGUUCACGACACACGUGAACUUUCACCUCAGUCUGGUCAAGGUCAUCCACAUAGAUGAGUUCUCUGGAAGUCUGGAAGGCGAGUUCCACAUGUGGACAAACUGGCACGAUGAUCGCCUCACGUGGAACUCGGACGACUUCGGCGAGCUCAACUACAUCAGCGUCCCAACGACGGCGAUCUGGACUCCCAACAUCGUCCUCAGCAACAGUGCAGAAAAUGUGUAUUCACACAGUGUUGCAGAGAUGGCAGUCGUAACGUCCACCGGAAACAUCAGUAUUUCUCGGACUUCCAAACUGAAGAGUGCGUGCGACCUUGACCUUACCCAUUUUCCGAAGGACACGCAGGAAUGUCGGCUGACCUUCGCCUCCCAGACGUACGACGUCCAGUCGCUGACUAUUUCAACACAGUACGAGGACGACACGAACGCGUCCACCGUGAGCAACAGCACGCCCUGGUCCGUGAUGGGAGUCGCGUACGAAAGGGAGACAACUCAGCAAGACUUCCGUCGCGAGUACGACCAGGUGACGUACACGGUGAAGGUCAAGCGGAACUGUCCUUACUGCAAACACCUCUACGUGACGCCUGUUGCGUUGCUGGGAUUGCUGGUUCCUUUUCAAUUUCUCCUGCCAAUGAACGCCAGGGAGAGAUCGUGUUUUGUCAGUGCUCCACCGUUGGUGUACUACGGCCGCGGUAUGUACUGUCCUGGCCGAACACGUGUCCCUGCCAUCAGAUCUGUGGAGAAGGAAACGGGAUUCAUCAGUGAAGAGGACACGUCUCCAGUCACAUGCUGUCCAUCGCAGGUGUUGUCUGCACCACUGGAGACGUCGACGUCGAUGUUCUGGCGUCAGGAUUGGCCUUCUGGCUGGGCGCCAUGCACGGAUGCCGUAUUUAUUGACGUCAUAGGAAGUCUGAUGUGCGCAGACGCGCCGAAGAUCCCGCUAGGCGUCACUUCGGACGCGCCAAUCACGGAAGUGACGGACGCCGACACGAAGAACGCCGGGCUGGAACACCAGCUGGAGGCCGUCCUCGGCAUCAUGCACAGUAUGCAAAUCAACUCGAAACGUCUGCGCGCCGAGCGGCUGUGCCUCGACGAAUGGAGGAUUGUCUCCCUUGUUCUAGACCGACUCUUGUUUGUUGUGUUCUUGGUCAUUUAUUUUAUUACGUCACUGGAGUUUUUAGGAUAA